GAAGCGUUAAGCUGCAAUUUUGAUUCACAUCCAUGCUGCUGGGCGAAUGUUCCACCACCAGAUGACCAGCUCGAUUGGCAUUUGGCCAGUGGUGCGCCGAAUUCGCCGCAUUUUCAGAACGCUCCUGUUCCAAACGGCAACUAUCUGGUGACCUACGCUAGCAGUUCAGCGCCAUCAGACGAAGCACAGUUCGCAUCAUGCGCAGUAGGCUGCGCAUCAUCGCCUAUUAUCGUCAGGGCAAGGCAUUGGCAGUCGGAGAAUGUUCUUUUGCAAGUUUGUCAACGAGAGUCGUUCCCAAAUACUGUUAAUUUCAAUCCACUCUUAAACUGUCAGGAAUUUCCACUUGUAAAUGGACUUGGUGCAACGGAAUUAGUUCUGCCGAAAGCGUCACUGAUCGAUAUUGUGUUUGUGGCGAGUAAUUUUGUGAGCGAUCAAGGCGAUAUGGCGAUUCUAGAUGAUAUCGAAGUGAUCUAUGAAAGUGAUGGCGACGACUGUGGCACAGAACAAGAGGAAGAAAAAGCACAAACAGUUGAGAAAUCUGCUGCUACUGUGGAACAAGGCGCUGGACAAGAUAAUGCUAACAAUGUAAGCUCGUACAUAUAUUCAGUCAAAGAUGCCACGUAA